ACUCUGUAGUCUAUAGAUCAAUACAAUUAACUUACAAACUUAGAACAUUAGUUUUACGGGUUGAUGCACCCUUACAGUUUGGCAGCCAAUUGAAUUGAUCCGUCCUCAAUUGUAAAGACACCCAUCACAACACGCAACAGCUAUUCAUAAUUCUUCUGAGGAAAGGCCCUCUCCUAGCAGCAGCAGCUUCAGCUGACAGGCAGAUGUGAACGUUAAUUGCAAUGCAAUAUUAUCGUUGGCAUAGUACUGACAAUCUUGAAACCUGCAUCGACUCUGCAACAAAGUUAAAUUGAGGGAAGGGAAGGGAAGGGCAGGGAAAAGCCAAUAACAUUGAGCUGGAUUUGGUUGUGCCUGUGCUGCUGCUGGUCAAAAGACAGGUUGGAGGAGAGGUGAGAAGGCCGAAAAUGUAGAUGCACAUUAAAAAUAUUACAGGCAUAGAACAGUAACAUGGAAAUGCAAGAUAGAGAGAGAUGAUAAAAUAAGUGAGCAAGAGUAAAAGCCAUAACCCUGUAUAUGGCUGGUGGCUCUGCCUGUCGACUGUAAUUACUCCGCUCCGCCAUUUUAUGUGCCCACCACAACUACCCCUCUGCUACAGCCAUAAAAGAAUGGUGGACAGAGGCAGGGCAUCCAGCCAGCCACCUAGCUAGCUUGCUUGCUUGGGGGAAAUGUGUUCUUGGGUCCUGUUCUUUGCUUUCCCAGAAGCCAUUUCUAUUUUGGACACACUGGCCAUGACCAAGUGGCAUUCCCUCGUUCAUGUUCUACUCUCCAUCCAAGGAAGAGAUCCAAAUUGAGGUACUGCAAAUCGGGGAAGAAGAAAUUACAGUACCAGCACCGAGUGAGCUCUGUUAAGGCAUCCAGAAAAGAAGAAAAGAAUCAAUGGGGCAUCAUAAAUGCGGGUGCAACGCCACCCCAACUAACCCACAUACUCUCCACCAAAUUACGCAAUGGGACUUUCCAGCUUGCUUUCCUUUCCCCCCCAAGCCUAGCAACGAACAAUGAGAGAGAUGCAAGGGAAGCUCAUCAAGCAGCAGGCUCGUAGCGAAGCAGGAGUGAUGUGGGUUCUGGUAGCUGCUGCUUUGCUCUCCCACAACUUGGCCGUCCCAGUGAUGGCAUCCUCCCAGCUGAUUGGAGAGCAGAAGAACUACUACCCCCCAGAUCCACAUUCCAGGACUCCCCCUUCAGUGCAUGCAGGUUCCCACACUCCAACUCCAUCGCAUGGUACUUCUUCACCUCCACACCACUCUACACCGUCUCAUGGAGGAGGUUACCAUCCCACUCCCUCAAAUCCUCCAACUGGGAACUGUGGAACCCCACCUUCUGUUCCAACUCCCACCACUCCAACUGAUCCGACUACUCCAUCAACUCCCCCUUCCGGAGGCGGCGGCGGAUACGUCCCUUCACCUUCCCCACCAACCGGCGGAGGCGGCGGAUAUGUCCCUUCACCUUCCCCACCAACUAGCGGAGGCGGCGGUGGUAUUCUGACUCCCCCGACUCCUAUCAUCGGCGGCAGCCCCCCGACCAUUCCUAUCAUCGGCACCCCUUCUACGCCUCCAUUUGUCAUUGAUCCAAACUCUCCCUUCUCAUGCAACUACUGGAGGAACCACCCAGCAAUCAUCUUUGGGCUGCUAGGGUGGUGGGGCACACUGGGCAACGCCUUUGGAGCUCCCAGCCUGCCGGGCCUUGGACCCUCCACCAGCCUUCCCCAGGCUCUCUCCAACCCUCGAAGGGAUGGCUAUGGAACUCUCUACCGAGAAGGGACUGCUGCACUGCUCAACUCCAUGGUCACCAACAGGUUUGCUUUCACCACCAACCAGGUGAGGGAGAGCUUCGUUUCGGCGCUGGGAUCCAACAAGGCUGCUGCUGCUCAGGGACGUGUCUUCCAGAUGGCCAAUGAAGGACGUCUCAAGCCCAGAAACUAGCUUUGGUAGUAGAGGUUGAGAGUCAGUUGUCGUCGUCGGAUGUAAGGUGUUUGUUCUGUUCACCACCACCAUUAUCAUAGUCUGCAAGUGGUCUUCUGUCAGUUAUCAAUUACUUAGAAUUUCUACAUUUUAUAUGCUGAUGUUGCUCUGUUUUAUGUGUUUGUUACUUUAGUAAUGUCUUUUAUGUUUAUCCCAUUGAAGAGGACAGCUCUAGAGUGUUAUGGAUUUGGAUGUUAAAGUUUUAAUGCUUCACAAGCC